GAGCUCCGCGAGCGCUGGCUGGAGCUCCGCGCCGAGCUGCGCGUGGCUCGCCCUGCCUGGCUCUGGUCUUGGCUGCGCACCGUCGUCAAAGGCUGGGUCACGUCAGGCAGGAUGCACGUCAUCGCCCCCCGCUCCUGCCUCUUGGGCUGCGACGCGCAGGACGACCUUGCCCACUACCUGAUCUGCCCGGUGCUCCGGAGCGCCGUCGCCGCCCCCGCUGAGCCGAGUGAGCUGGGUUGCGGCACCGUUUUCCUCGGGCUCGGCCACCAGCUCGCCCACCGCGUGCGCCCGCGCAUGGCCUGCGUCCGUGCCGUGGUGUUGGCCACGCAGCUGUUCCAUAUCCUGAAAUGGCGGGUUGAUUGCAGCCUGCCCAUCCACGGCGCUGCUGUCGCCGCCGCCCGCGUAGCAGCCAUGCAUCGCUUACAGGCCUAG